GUAAACUGGAGAGUAAUCAUGUUAAUAAUAAGAAGAAUAUGAAUAUUUUUUUUCCUGGCAGGUCACGUCUGAAGAAUGAAUUCCUCAACUUGGACCAGCAGGGCGGAGGCGCCCGAUACAUCGGCGGCUCGGGCGAGACGCAGCAGGAGGUCCAGCAGAGACUGCUGAGGGAGCGUGAGAUGAAGAUCCGCGCGGCGCUCGAAAAGCUGAGCAGGAAGCGGCGACUGCUUCGAACCCGCCGGAAGCACAAAGAGUUCCCGAUCGUCUCGGUGCUGGGCUACACAAACUGUGGCAAAACCACGCUGAUCAAAGCGCUGACGGGCGACGCGGGGUUGCAUCCCCAGGAUCGGCUUUUCGCCACGCUGGACGUGACGGUGCAUGCGGGCCAGCUGCCCGGCCGCGUCACCGUCCUCUACGUGGACACCAUCGGUUUCCUGUCGCAUCUGCCGCACCAGCUCAUCGACUCGUUCGCCGCCACGCUAGAGGACAUCAAGCACUCGGACGUGUUGAUCCAUGUGCGGGAUGUGAGCCAUCCAGAGAACGUCAACCAGAAGGCCAACGUGUUGAAUGUCUUGAGGAACCUGCGAGUGCCCGACGCACUCUUGAGCUCCAUGAUUGAAGUCCACAACAAGAUUGAUCUCAUUGACAACUACGAAUCGACGGAAGACGACUCCCUGGCCAUCUCGGCCCUGAACGGGCGCGGCCUGGAGGCACUGAAGACGGCGGUGGAGCGGCGCGUGCUGGCCGCCACGGGCAAACGCCUGGUCAGCCUGAAGGUGGACCUCAGCACGCCGCAGCUCAGCUGGCUGUACAAGGAGGCGGCCGUGCAGGACGUCAGCGUGGACGCCGACGAGGGCUCGGCCGUCGUCAAGGUGGUUAUCGGCAACGCCGCCUAUGGACGCUACAGGAAGAUGUUUGGCUAGCGGCUCGCUACCGCUUACAUGAAUAUGACAUUUCACGCACACACGCGCCG